UUAAGUUCUCGCAUAAGUAUAAGCUCUUCAGUUCGAAGUCCAAUAGCGCAAUAGCUCGUUGCUGUUAUCACCAACCUGACUAUUUAAUAAGUCUGAAGAAAAUUUUGUAACGUGAAAUAUUUUAUAAAUGUUUAAUCAAGUACACAAAUAAUAAUUAUUAUUCAAAUUUAUAUUGAUUAAUAAAUUGGAAAAAGUUUUUAAAAGUGAAUCUUCAUCAACUAUAAGAUUAGUGAAAUUACUUUGUAGCUAAAAACAAAUAGGAUGGUAAUGAAUAUUGAACCGAUGGAAAAGAUUCCCUUACUUUAUAAUUAUCCUCGCAGCAAUUCUCAUAAGCAUCCAAGACAACGUCAUCGAGUAAUAGCUGCAGCAUAUUUGCCCACCGAUGUAUCUACUGAAAUUAUUAAAGACGCUGAACUUCAAGAAAACACUGUUCCUGUUGUUCACUGUAUUAACGUUGUGCACCGAGACGGCAGGUUAUUUUGCUUGGAUAAACCAGUAACUGCGUCUUAUUGGCUAAAAUUAAUAACCAUAGCAAAUGAUGUUCAUAGCGAAAACGUAGUUUUAGUGAAAACCAAUGAUGGCGUUUAUUUGAAAACUAUUAAAUUAAUUCAUCCGGGUGAACCAUUAAUGAUGUGGUUCAAUCUACAGUUGCUUGAAAUAAUGAAUAUUCCAAUAUAUUUGUCACCAGUUAAUAUGGUACAUAAAGACAAUUCUUACAGAUGUCAUAUUUGUGAUCGAUUAUUUGCGUAUCCAAAUCCACUAAAAAUGCAUCUCGCACUUGAUUGUGGUAAAUUAGAUCAAAGUUAUUUAUGGAAUAAAUUAGUGAACAAAUACUUGAAAUUUCCUUUAGAUAAAUUUAGGAUAGAACUGCCAAAAGAAUUCGACUAUCAAAUGCUUUCAAUGCAACAUCAAACAAGAAAAUCAUUAUAUAGUAUCGAUAUGAAGCACCCGAGAGUUAAACCAUCAUUAAGACAUUACACGCCAACAUCGACAUCAAGUUUUUCUAUUUCUGAAAUACCCUCAUCAGCAACACCAGUAACUGAAGCACCAUCUAGUUCAUCGGAGCAAAUAUCACCGGAUACAUCAACUAAUUUAGCCUUAGAAAUUCCAAAAUCUCCAGCAACUCUUGAUACUGUUGCUCUUAAUUCAGCAUUUAAGCCUUACCCUUCUAAUCAUCAUCUUACUAUGGCAGAAACAAGAACUCACGAUUUAAUACCACACAGUCCACUAUCAUUUGAUUAUCCUCAUCAUCUAAAUGCCAUUUUGCAAGCAAGUUUCCGAUCCUCAGUACCAAUGGCGAACGUUGCAAGUGAAGCUCAAGCAGCAGAAAUGGAAAUGUUUAUUAGCAAUCUUGGACGAUCAAAAGAAGGACAUUAUUGUAUAUGGUGUCGUAAAGUUUAUUCACGAAAAUAUGGAUUGAAAAUUCACUUACGAACACAUACUGGCUAUAAACCGUUGAAAUGCAGAGUGUGUUCGCGUCCUUUUGGAGACCCUAGUAAUCUUAACAAGCAUGUUAGAUUACAUGCCGAAGGUGGUGAAACGCCGUACAAAUGUGACCUCUGCGGAAAAGUUCUCGUAAGACGAAGAGAUCUUGAAAGACAUAUGAAGUCGAGACAUCAAGACAAUGAAUAUCCCUCCAGUCCAUCGCCACGACCAUCUUUACCUGACGCAUAACAAUAAUACUUUGAUUUUUAUCUUUAUAUUAAAGUCUUAAGGUAAAUUAUAAGUCAGUUUUUCUAUCCUUAGUUGACAUUCUUAAUUUAGGUAGAGCUAAAUAAUUAUUUGAACGAUAAAUUUUAGCAUGUUAAUAAAUAACAUGAAUCCAGCCUCUAUAAAAUUAAAAUUUGUUUCAGCAAUGCGUUAGAAAAUUUAUCAUCUAAAGAUUAUGGCAAGAUAAUAACUCUAUUCUUUACUUCUCUAUUUGCAAAUAGUUCUAUUUCACAAUAAAUCUAUUCAUAAAUAAAACUAUUCCUAAAUAAACUCUCUUCUUAAAUAUUUAUAAUCCUAAAAAAUAUUUAUUCUUAAAUAACUUUAUAACCCUGAUUAAAAGAAACGAUUCAAUUUUAAUAGCACACAGAAAAAAAUGUUGCCUCAAAACCUACCAAUUUUUAUUAUGCUGUCGACCAAACUUGAAACAGGAAGUAAAGCAUCCAAAAAUUUAUUAUGCUCCACUAAAAAAUUAUUAUGUCGCAUCACAAUUAUUAUAACGUAUGGAAAUGAUUUUUAUUAAAGCUUAUCGAUAAGUUUCUCGCGCGUAGUAAAAGUGUUGUGAUACAGCAUAAUAAUUUUUCGCAUGAGCAGAAUAAUUUUUUGGAUGCUUCCCUUCCUGUUUCAAGUUUGGUCGACAGCAUAAUAAAAAAUUGGAAGGUUUCGAGGGUUUCAAAUCAACCACUUUAGAACCCGACCCCUUUAGAUUUAGCUGAAAAUUUUUUCUCUUUUCCUACCCCAUCAAAAACAUUUUUCAUAAUUUUUUCAAAUUUUUUCACCCAACCGAAAAAAAGUUAUGAAUUUUUUGAAAAAACUGGCUUUUUUUUUUUUUUAAUAGCUAUAACUUUUUCAAAAUUCGACUGAUUGGGACGUUUUUUUUUUCCAAAAUUUUUGUUUUUAAAUGAACUUUUCGAAAAAAUACGAAAAAAUUAUUGCAACCUAUCUUCAUUGUUUUUUUUUAGAUUUUUGAAAAAAAUCAAAAAUUUUUCAAUGUUUACCAUUUUUUAUUUUUUAUUUUUUUUUAUUAUAUAGAACUGUGACAUUUUUGCAAAUCCUCAAAUUUUUUCAGUGAUGUUUUUUCAAUUUAUAUUUUUUUUUUCCAAUUGAAAAAAAUUUUUUUUCAACGCCUUAUUUCUAAUAACACCAUAUUAAAAAUUUUUGAGUGCUUAGAGAACUUUUAAAUUUGGAAAAAAGAAAAAAAAAUUUUUUAAUGGUAAACAUCGAAAAAAGUUGAUUUUUUUUCGAAAAAUCGAGUUAAAAAAUAUAAUAGCGUUUGGAAUAAUUUUUUGUAUUUUUUUCUGAAAACUGCAUUCAAACACAAAGAAAGCGAAAAAAAAAAGUUUUCGUUUGGCCCAUUUCUGGACAACUGCCGGAAAUUCAAAAAAAUUUUCUUUUAACCAUAAAACAAUGAGUAUAGAAGAAAUUUUUUUGGAUGUUUUUAUUGAAACUUGUUGUGUAUAUUUGCUAUAUAAAGAUCGAAUAAACAGAGUUAUUAUAUUGCCAAAAUUAUUAAUACGAAUGAAGUAGGGGAAGGGGGGCAAAAGGGGGUACGGUAGGUAAAACGGAGUACCCCCAAAAUUUGAUAAAAAAAAAUUUUAUAUUUUAAAUGGUUUUUAAACAUUCCAAAAUCACUUCUGUAAAUAUAAUUAAGCGUCAUUUUGAAUUUUUUUGGUAAACUUUUUCAAAAAUCAAUUGUCAGUUGAAAAAUAUUAAUGACGUUUGUUUUAUGAUAAAAACUAUUAAAAAUUUUUUUUCUUCUUUUGUCUCCAAUAAACAUGUAAAAUAUAAUUUUUCUUCAUGUAAAUUACUUACAAAAAACUCAACUUAAUCAAAUUCGUUUAAAAUCCAGAAAUUUUUUCUUUUUACCUUUUUUAGGGGGUACCCCACUUAGCCCGCAGAAAUAAAAAAUUUUUUUUUUCAACGGUAACUGAAAAUUUCGUCUAUUUACUUUGAAUAUCAUUAAAAAAAGAAAAGAUUUAGCGUAUUUGAGUCCUCGAAAACUUGGUAUUUCCUUAAGUACCCCCUUUUGCCCCUCCCUCCUCUAUAUGUUAUUAAUUUAUUUUUGUUAAGUGAUAAGUUUUUGAUCUGGAUAAAAGUUUACCAGUGUGUUUUCAAUGAAUAUUUUUUUUACUAAAAUUCCAAAUUUUUCUAUUUUCCCGCGACGUUGUUCUUAAGAUAGAAAAAUUCGGAAUUUAUAUUUUAUUUUCAAUUUAAAAAAAAACAAAAAAAAAACUUUUAAUAUUCGUAUUGCAAUGAAAAUUUGAUAUAACCAUUUAAUUAGUCAAAUAAGUCAGAUUGUGUCAAUUCUAGUCAUAACUCUUAAUCUAUUAGAAUAAAAAAUUGAACAUCUAAGGCUGGCCUUAAGUAUACUAUAUAUUUUAAAAGAAGUAAAAACAAAAUAAAUCUUUUUCUACUUACACCCCGGUAAAUAAUGUAUUAAUCAUGACUAAGGAAUCAUUAGCAUAGUACGUAACAUUAAAUCAUAAUAUCUUAGCCGUAAAUUUAAAUAACACUUAAUGUAAUGUUAUUAGCAGCGUUACUUGUCUACUUAAAAUAUCUUUACCUAAAGUGAGUAUUAAUUUCUCUAUUAUUUACCUACACUCCAACUCUACUUAAUUGCAACUCUAUUCGAUAAUAUGGAUUGCACACAUUGUUAUAUGUUAAUGAAAAGAGUGGGCUAAACCUGAGUAAAAUUGUCACUGAAUAAAGACUAUUCAUUUUAGGUAGACAUGUAACAUUGCUAUGCUAUUUAUAAGAAUAUUAGUAAAUCAAUUGUUAAACUAUUUUGUAACAUUGUUUAUACUGUAAUAUAUAUUGAAUAUGUACAAUAAUGUAAAUGUAAUAAUAUUACGAGACUGAUCAUAAUAUUUAAUUUUAUUUUAUA